UCAGAUUUCUCAUCUAAGUGGAGUUUACAAAGCUAGGAUAUUGAUUGAUAAACUUGUGGGACGCAUGAGAAUGAUUUUCAAAAGGACACAACAAAGAACAGACACCAAAUUGGCACCUCUCAAUAGCAUCUUCAGCAGUUCUGUGCUGAUUCAUGAAAGCCAACCAAACUCAGCAUUCAAGAAGCCAAGCCAAGAAUACAUAACCCCAAAGACAUCAACUGUCAAGUCUUCUGAACAUUUUCAGCUUUUUAUGGAACUGGAUAUGGAGUACAGCAAAGAACACUUGAUGAAGCCCAUGGUGGCCAGUCAAAGCAAAUCCUCUUGGGCAGAACAACUUGAUCUGCAAUACUUCCAGAGUUCUGCAUUUUGCUGGAAAACUCAUGCACCUCUCCAAAUGUCAAACAAAGGCAGAAAGCGAAGACAUGUUCACAGUGCUUCCAGCAUCUAUGAGCUGAUCUACGAUUCAGUCUUGCCAAAGUGGAAGAAGUGUCUCAAGUCUAAAGCUAACAGGAGGAUUCCCAAAACCUUAAAAGCUCGUCCAGACACAAUCUGGAAGAAGAUCUUGAGAGACGUCAGAGAAUUCUACAGAAUGUUGUUCAGAGCCAGAUUCCACUAUCUUGAAUACCAGGACCAAAAAGGAGCAGUAACCUGCAUCCAGAUACUGUUCUCAGAACUCAAUAUUCCACUGAACAACAAUGAAGAGUACUUGCAUGGAGUUUUUAGAUAUCUGCAUCAGUCACACAAAAGCAGGUUUCCAGGUUUGAAAGAAGAUCCAACUCCUCUGGACGCAAUCGAGAAGUACAAUGAGCACUACAGAAGCUUGUACAUGAAAGAUGACUUCGGAGCAAGGCUUCUGUAUUUCGUGUUUAAGAACUUCACUCCUGAGUACUGCUUACUAGUCAAGUCGAGAUAUCAAAGAGAGAUCGCUGAGAAAGUGUGCAUGCUACUAAACUGCUACAGAAGGAUGAGGAAGCCGGAACAUUUAGAAAGAAUCGAGCACUUAUUAUUCUAG